AUGACGCCCUCCGUUGCGGCGGGGCGGAGUGCCAGAGAGUUGGGCUGCGAAGUGGCGCUCCUGACGGACCGCGCCGAGGACCGGUACUUCCCGGGCGAGGUCGUCGCGGUGCGGAUUCGUGCGAGGAAUGUCAGCUCGACCAGCGCGAUUCGCAUCACAGGGCUGCGCUUCGAAGCCAGGGGAAUCGAGCGCGUCGACACCGCGUUCGUGAACGCCAAGGCCUACGCGCCGGACGUCGAACCCGUCUCCACGGCAGGACGCAAGAUAGACCGCCUCGUGCUGCGUUCGCACCAGAAGCUCCUCGUCAAGGACGGCAUCCUCGAGCCCGGCCAGCAGACCAUCUUCGCAGCCACGUUCCGGCUCCCCGCCGCCCUGCCCCCGACCUACCGCGGCACUGCUGUCAAGUACCUGUACUUCACGCAGGUCAAGGGGGAUGUGGUGGAAGUCCCCCCCCGCCACACCGCGACCAGCGACGCCGCGACCGGCCGCGAGUCCGGCGCCUCCGAAGAGGGGGCGCCUCUCCGCGGGACCCCCUCCGUCGACUCCCCCCGGAGCGUUGCGUCGUCGGGCGACGCCCACGCGCCGUCGUCGUCCGCUGCGAGCGAUCUCGCGCCGGACCGCGCGCUCGCGGCCGCGCCGCUGGCGGGCCACGGCUCCGCCCCGCACUCCCCCACGCAAGCAACCGGCCUGGCAACCAACACCAAAGCAGGCAGCAACAUCUACCAAAACCACAUCUCCCAGCAACACGACGGCAACGGCAGCCGCUCCACCGGGCUCUUCGGGUCCAUCCUCGGCAUGCUCGGCAUGGCCGGCGACGGCGCCCCCCCGGGCCACCCCGCGACCGCAGUACAACGCACGCACAGCUUUGAGGGCCCCACCGGCAGCCGCGGCAUCGUCCUGGUGCGGCGCGCGCUCGAAGUGCUCGUGCGCGACCCCGUCGCGCACCUGCGCACGGGCCUCGACAUCGGCCCGUGGGGGGAGCCCCACACCACGCAUGUUCUACUGCGGAGUCGGGAAGACGGGACGGGACACCCCCCCGCGAACGCGACGGUGUCGGCGCUCGAGUGCACCGCGGCGGGGAUGCAGCAGGCGCCGGGGGAGGCCGGGUCGUCCGCGUCGGUCGCGGGAGCGUACCAGGCCCUCGGGGCGGUGCCGCACGUCGUGCCGCACAGCAAAACGCCGUCGGAGGCGUCCUCGUUCGACGUGUCGUCGCAGGCGACGUUCAUCGAGCACUUCCGCGACGAGCACGGGUGGGGCGCGGGCGACAUGCGCGGGCACGGCGCGCUCGUGCAGCAGAUCUGGGAUUUGAUGGAGCUGGAGGAGGACGACGAAUCUCUGCGCGGCGGCGCCGCGGCGCCGCGGCCGUACUCGCACGUGCACGAGCUGCUGUCAGGCGCACACCCCCUCACGGCGUUCCACCGCACCUUCAACCUCCGCCACCACGGCCUCCCCGCGGUAUCGCUGUCGUUGCACCCGCCGCGCGGCGGCGUCCUCGUGCCCGGAUCCUGCUUCACGGGCGUCCUCGACCUGUCCGCGGGGCACCCCGGGGCCUGCAGCGCACUCGCCGCGCCGCCGCCGCCGCCGACGCCUGGAACCCCGACGACCGCCAGCGCGUCCGGCCGCGUCGUGCGCUUCGCGACCCCGUCCUCGGCGGCGGAAGCGCGCGGCCCGAGCGGGAGCGUCCGCAGCACCCCGUCGCGGCAGAACUCCGCGGCGGUCGACACGUGGCAGGUCCCGAGCGGCGCGGGGGGCGGGACGCUGCAGUGCGUGCGCUGCGAGAGCGUCACGGCGUCGAUCGAGCUGGAGGAGGGCGUGAAUGUGCUGUAUAGCGCGUUGGUGAAGGAUCCGCGCAGCCACGCGGGGGGGGGGGGGUCCGGGCUCGGGUCGGACUCGAAGCCCGGCGUGCGCAUCAUGUCCACGGUCGAACGGGGCUCCGGGGCGGUCGCACAACAGAUAGCAGAGUGGCGCUCGUACACCAGUCACAUGCUUUCGGAAUCGUUCACGCUGACGCUGCCGCCGCGGGCGCCGGCGUCGUUCUCCACGCCGCUCGUGUCCGUGCGGUGGCUCCUGCGCCUGCAGCUCUCGCUGCGGGUGAUGCGGGAGGUGCCGGCGGUGGGCGAGGGCGCGGCAACGUGGGAGGCUGGGCCGCUGGAGAACGCCGAGUGGACGCUGCCGCUGAUCGUGUGCGCCGCGGAUGCGGUUUGA